AUGGCUGACCUUAUUAUAGACUCCUUGGUGCAGCCUCGGAUGUACCAACAGACCCUGCUUCAGGAUGGACUGUGCGACCUCUUGCAGAAUGACAAGUUUGUAGACUGUGUCCUCAAAAUCCAGGACAAGAAGCUCCCUUGCCAUCGUUUGGUUUUGGCAGCCAGCAGCCCCUUCUUCAAGGCCAUGUUCCUGUCUGACCUGGAAGAGAGCAAGAAACGUGAGAUUGUCCUGAAAGAUGUGAAGCCUGGUGUUAUGGGGAUGAUUCUGCACUACUUAUACACCUCUGACAUUAAUCUGACAGAACAGAACGUCCAGGAUAUCUUUAUGGCUGCAAACAUGUACCAGAUACCUUCCAUCUUCUCUGUAUGUGUGUCCUACCUCCAAAAGAAGCUGGUGCUGGGAAACUGCUUUGCCAUCUUAAAGCUGGGGCUGCUGCUGGAAUGUCCCAGGCUCACUCUGAGCGCUAGAGAGUUCAUCUGUGAACACUUCAAGGUUGUUGUCAGGGACGAGGACUUCCUGCAGUUGGGCCCAAGUGAGCUGGCCAUGAUACUCACCUCAGAUGCCCUCAAUGUCGAGCGGGAGGAGCUGGUGUUUGAAACCUUGAUGGACUGGGUCAAAUAUGAUGAGCCAAACAGGCAUAAGGAUCUGCCAGAGCUGUUACACUGUGUCCGUUUCAGGCUCAUACCUCUGGAUUACUUCAAAGAAAAAGUUGAGAACCAUCAGUACAUCCAGUUCAGCCAGGAAGUCAAGAAGGAGCUGGCUCUUGUCAAGGAUGCUCACAGAGGGCAUCUCCCAAAGCCCACGAAACCCAGCAGUGAUAAGGCAAUGAAGAAUGGAGCGAGUGAAGAGGAGGAAGAUGAGGAGGAGGAGAAAGGGUACCUGCCUGGUAUACUCAACAACAAUCCUCGCUUUGGGAUGUUUGACAUGGAAGUGAUACUUAUGGUCAGUGACAGAGGGACUGUGGCCUACAACCCUGUAGAAAAUGAAUGCUUUAUGGUGUCAGAGUCCACAGAAAUCCCCAAGAACCACUGCAGCCUGGUGACCAAGCAAAAUCAAGUGUUUGUUGUCGGAGGACUCCUUUACAAUGAGGAGGACAAAGACGAACCAUUCAGCUCAUACUUCCUACAAUUUGACCCAGUGAGUUCAGAAUGGUUAGGAAUGCCUUCACAACCAAACCCUCGCUGUUUGUUUGGGCUGACGGAAGCUGACAACUCCAUCUUUAUUGUGGGAGGAAAGGAACUGAAGGAUGGUGAUCAUGUCCUGGACUCAGUGAUGAUCUAUGACAGACAAUCAUUCAAAUGGGGAGAGUCAGACCCUCUGCCUUAUCAGGUAUAUGCCCAUGGAACUGUGUCACACAAUGGUCUUGUCUACGUCAUUGGAGGAAAGUCUGAGAGCAAGAAAUGCAUAAGAAGAGUCUGUGUCUACAACCCCACUAAGUUUGCAUGGAAGGACCUGGCUCCUUUGAAGACAGCUCGCUCCCUGUUUGGUGUCACAGUCCAUAAAGACCAGAUCUUCGUGGUUACAGGGGUCACGGACUCAGGCCUCACCAGCUCAGUGGAGGUCUAUGACAUUGCCACCAACAAGUGGUCUGAGUUCACAGAGUUCCCUCAGGAGCGCAGUUCCCUCAACCUGAUCUCGAUGGGAGGCUUCCUGUACGCUGUGGGGGGCUUUACCAUGAUGCCUAAUGAAACCAGUGAGGAUCCUGUCCCCACAGAGAUGACUGACAUCUGGAGAUAUGACGAGUCAGAGAAGUGCUGGAUGGGUAUGGUGCGAGAAAUUAGCUACGCGGAGGGAUCCACUGUUCUUCCAGUGCGUCUCAACACUCUGCGUCUCACCAAGUUAUAA